GUUCACCGCAAAUCCCAAACCGCAACAAGUCAUCCCAAAUCCUUACAUACAUUUAAAUAUACAAGCAAGCGUAUGAUACAUACAAACUCGUUUUCAUAGACAAAUCAAGAACUCUAGUAGUCAACGACUGUGUUACGAAUUUCUGGAUAUCUCCUCCUCCUCAUCCUAUUAAUAGCUUCCAGGAUCCACUCCGAUCGAAGAGAUGUUCUACCCCGGAUUCCACAAAUGUCUAGUGCUUGCGAUCUUCAUGGGCACGAUUUCCCAGAUAGUUGCGGAUACCAAGACCCCUCAGCCCCAGCCGAAACCGGGGCCCGGGCCGACCAAGCCCGGACCCGGGACCACUAGGACACAGCCUGCUCCCGCUCCCAAUUCAAAAACGCCGCCGUGUGAGAAGGGCACAACCCCGGUUUGCGUCGCUGCAAUUACCGAUAAGAUUUCCACAGAGAAACAUAACCCGACCACCCCGGGCGGCAGUAAUCCACAAUGCACAUCCGGGACCAAGAUCUGUUGCUCUCCGGCGGUCUUGAAACACAUCUCAUCGGUCAAAAACAAAAGCAAAAACAAGAAACCUGACGACACAGUCUUUUCCAGUUUGUGCGCAUUGCCAGGCAAAGCUCUGCCCGCCGGCGCGCCCAAGGGGGCGUCGGCGGCGGCGGUGACGGCUAAGGCACCCGCGGCCAAGCAACCAGCGGGCAAGCCACCUAAAUAAGUCUUCCUAAUAAGCUGGGUUUUCAAUUCUACUGUCAAACCCUCGGCUUUCAAUUCGAAAACAACCAAUCGGCAUCAUGUUCCUUGUUCACCUGCAGUCUGGAAUAGAUUGACCUAAUCAAAAAAUACAUCAUUGACUCUGGUAGCAUGACUUAAGAUAUAUGCAGUGUAUUUCUUCCUGGAUCUUUAGAAUGAUCACUUGAAUAAACUCAGUUUGAGAAACAAAAAAAAACAAUUCUUAUCCUCGUAUUUUUUUUUUUCCCUCUGCUUGACUCGUCACAAUUUCUUGACCAAGUUUUUUUUUUGUUUUUU